UAUUAUAAGAUUCUCAGGUGAAAUGGCGUACUACAUGAACCAAGCCAGAGCAUUAUUGAUCUUUUUUCUCUGGGACUGCAUUGUUGAAGGUCAGCCAUACUGCUUUACACCACCAACUGUUGAAAAUGGUUACGUUUUCUCACGAACAUCUACAAGAGCAACGUACAGAUGCAACUCAGGGUACUCACUAUCAGGAUCUGGCAGAGCAUCUUGUGUUGAUGGUUGUUGUGACUGGAUCUCAGUGCCAACCUGUGAAGCUGUGGUUAUAAAUUGUGAUACCGCUCCAUCUAUUUCCAAUGGGUCGCCUGGAACCCCAACAAGUACAACUUACAGAGGAACAGUGACAUACAGCUGUAACAUUGGCUAUCAACGUUCAGGACCAUCCACAGUGACUUGUCAGGCUAGCGGAAGUUGGAGUACUAGACCGAGUUGUAAUGCUGUCUCCUGUGGCAACCCUCCCACCGUUCCCAAUGGUUUAAGAAGAUUCACUGGCACAACAUUUGGAGAAACCGCCACCUACAGCUGUAACACUGGCUACCAACUGUCAGGAUCCGCUACAGUGACUUGUCAGGCUAGCAGAAAUUGGAGUGCUAGACCAAGUUGUACACCGGUCUCCUGUGGCAACCCUCCGACCAUACCCAAUGGAAUCAGGACCUUCACUGGUACUAUAUUUAGAGGAAUCGCCACCUACAGCUGUAACACUGGCUACCAACGAUCAGGAUCAUCCACUGUGAUCUGUCAGGCUAGCAGAAGUUGGAGUACUAGACCAACUUGUAACACUGAUCAGCCGGGGUCUUGUGGCGACCCUCCAACUAUUCCCAAUGGGUCCAUGACUUUCAUUGGUACAACAACUGGAGAGACGGCCACCUACACCUGUAACACUGGUUACCAACUCUUAGGAGCAGCUACUGUGACCUGUGAGGCUAGUGAAACCUGGGCUACAAGACCUAUUUGUGAUGCUGUCUCCUGUGGCUCUCCUCCCUUUAUUUCCAAUGGAUCACCUGGAACACCAACAAGGACAACCUUUGAAGGGACGGCCACCUACACAUGUGAUACUGGCUACCAACUUUCAGGAUCAGCCACAGUGACCUGUGAGGCAAGUGGAAGCUGGAGUGUUAGACCAAGUUGUAAUGCUGAUCAGCCGGGCUCUUGUAGCGAUCCUCCAACCAUUCCCAAUGGGUCCAGGACUUUCACUGGUACAACAACUGGAGAGACGGCCACCUAUACCUGUAACACUGGUUAUCAACUACCGGGAUCAGCUAUUGUGACCUGUGAGGCUAGCGGAAUCUGGACUACAAGACCAAUUUGUAAUGCUGUAUCCUGUGGCUUCCCUCCCUCUAUUUCUAAUGGGUCACCUGGAAUACCAACAAGGACAACAUUUGGAGGGACGGUCACCUACACCUGUGACACUGGCGCUGGGUAUCAACUAUUGGGAUCAGCUAUUGUGACCUGCGACGCUAGCGGAAUCUGGACUACAAGACCAAUUUGUGAUGCUGUCUCCUGUGGCUUCCCUCCCUCUAUUUCUAAUGGGUCACCUGGUACACCAACAAGGACAACAUUUGGAGGGACAGUCACCUACACCUGUGACACUGGCGCUGGGUAUCAACUAUUGGGAUCAGCCACAGUGACCUGUGAGGCUAGUGGAAGCUGGAGUGUUAGACCAAGUUGUAACGCUUCUCAGUCUGGCUCAUGUGACAAUCCUCCAACCAUUCCCACUGGAUCCAGGACUUUCGUUGGUACAGCAUUUGGAGAGACCGCAUUCUACAGUUGUAACACUGGGUAUCAGCUGUCAGGAGCAGCUAAUGUGACCUGUCAGGCUAGUGGAAGUUGGAGUACUAUACCAAGCUGUACUAUGAUGGAUACGACUGAUUUCACUACUAUUAUUGUGGGCGCUGCCAUGGCGACUGUCAUUGUGUUGCUGAUUGUUGUUGUCUUUGUUGUUGUGAUUGCCUUCAAGAAUUAUCGAAGCAAAUUUCGUUAUUCUAUAAAGAAGAACAGCACCGUUAACAAUGUGACCACCAUCACUGAGGAGACAAUAAUGACUAAUAUUCCACUCAAUGGCAUUCCUCGCUCUAUGAUGAGUCUCCCCUCUCUUCCAGCAGAGUAUGAAGAGCCUGAUAUGACGGUAGAAUCAAAGUAUGAUGAGAUAUGGUCCUCUGAGAAUGGUGACAAUGAGCACAUCUUUGCCUUGGGUCCCUGUUCUGCAUACAAGUAGACACUUAGUAGCUUAAAAAGAGGACUUGAACCACUAUUAGAUCUAGUUAACUUAACGUGGUACGUUGCAUUAAUUGUAGUUAUGUUAUGUAUUAGUUUAGUUAUUGUUGAUCAAACUUACUGGUAUCAUCAUUAUUACUUGUACUUGUAUCCAGCAUUUAUGCCAAUUUUUACUGACUAAAAAAAUCGUUCCACUCCCGA